CGCACAGUCAAAUUCAUUGCCGCAGCAGUUCCAUUGUGACAGACCAAAUAUACGCGAGGUAUAAAUAUUGUUUGCGCCACUGAACGCACCGUAAAACGUCAAAGCGUGGAAAAAGCGUUUUGUACUAUUUCAGAAAAAAUAUUCCUCGAUUUGUUUACAUAAAUUUAUAUUCUUUUCGGAAUAAGAACUAUUUUAAGUUGUUACGAUAUUCAAGAUGGUUUCUGAUACUCCCGAAGAAGAAGUGGUGAUUUGUCGCGCCUGCCUUAGCGAAUGUGUAGAGCACAAAUCGUUGCACAAGCAGGGAAUUUUUAUGGGUGAGGUACGAACAUUAGCGUCUAUGUUGGGCUUCAUCGCAAAUAUGGAGUUUUCGAAUGAAGAGGUAGAAGGAUAUCCGACAAAUAUCUGCACACGUUGCGUGCAAAAUGUUGCCAAAACUUUCGCGUUUAAAAAAAUGGUAUUGGAGACAGAUGAAGUGCUGCGAAGACAGUUCACAGAACUUGUAUGCGAUGUUGGUUUGAGUGGCAGUGGUGGUGGCGGUGAAAGUGUUAUUGAGGAUAUUGAGACAGAAUCUGCAGACUCAGUUGUUGAAGAACACCACCUCGAUGCUGACGAAGGGACCGAAGUUGAUGAUGUAGAUCAAUUGCAUGAGUUAGCAACAGCUGCACAAUUUAAACGAUCAGUGGAUAGCAUGGAAUAUGUUGCUUUAACUGUGUUAGAAAGUUUCGUGGAUGGGGAUGAAGCAACAAUCUCAGAGGCACAUUCGCAAAACACAAUAAAUCACGAUGAGCAAAAUUGUGAAGAGGAAGAAGUGGUGGUGCAUGAAGUUACAGAAUCGGAAGAUGUAUACCAAACGGAUGUGGAGGAGGAAGGUAGAGAUAAAGAAUACGACGAGAUGUACGAAGUAAAAUUAGAAGAAAUUACACAAGGCGAAUUCACACUAUCAGACAUUGCGGAAGACCAAGAAAUGAAUACAAAUUUGAAAAGGCCCCGAAUGGUCACUGUCAAAAGUGAUGAUCAGGAUGGUGAUUGGGACGGAUCUGGCGAUUUGAAAUUAAAACAACCAACAAAAAUUCGGAAAAAGAACAGUCAACCAAAGCCGCCGAACCCAGAUUUGCAAUGCAAGGUUUGUGGAAAACAAUUGAGUAAUCAAAACUCAUUCAAAUACCAUAUGCAAUUGCAUUCCGAUGCAACACCUUAUUUAUGCAGUCUUUGUGGCGAAGGUUUUAAAACACGGAACGCCUACGAAGGGCACAUAGUUAUUCACGACCCAAACAACCCCAAUACAUGUGAGCUAUGCGGUAAGUCAUACCGUCAGUCAUCCUCUUUACGGACACACAUGUUGUCACAUACGGGAGAGCGACCAUUCCAGUGCGAUAUCUGCGGAAAAUCCAUGACACAAAAAUCCGGCUAUAAAAAGCACAUGUUGGUCCACACUGGUGAGAAACCCCACGCUUGCGAUGUAUGUGGUCGUGAAUUUCGAUAUUCGAGCAACCUGAUUGCGCAUAAACGGUGUCACUCGGGUGAGCGACCGUACGAAUGUCCACAUUGCAAACGUGGCUUUCCAACAUCUGAACAAAUGAAGAGGCAUACGAUGGUGCAUACAGGCGAGCGGCCCUUUCAGUGUGAAAUCUGCAGCAAGUGUUUCAAGCGACGCUCAUCAUUGAUAUCCCAUCGACAUACACAUGAUUCUGAACCAGAGCUAAUUGUCGAUCAUAAAGUGUGUAAAUCAAAUGUCGUGGAAUUGUAUUGAAAUGUUUAAUAUUAUAAGUAAUAUAUAUUUCUUAAUAAGCAACUA